AUGCCUGACGUCCAUUCGAUUGGGCUUGGUGGGGGUUCGAGAGUUCGGGUUGACGAAGAGACGGGGGUUACCGUCGGUCCUGAUUCAGUAGGACAUUUCCUAUCCAGAGAUGCAGUUGUUUUCGGCGGAAGCGAAUUGACGACUACCGACAUCGCUGUUCGCUCAGGAUCUGUCAUUCUCGGCGAUCAAUCCAAAGUAUUGCACUUAUCCGAAGAAUUGGUGGAUGCAGCAAGAUCGCGCAUCAAGCAUCUUCUGGAGAAUGUCGUCGAUAGGAUGAAGACGAGCCAAGAGGACUGCGACGUCCUCCUCGUCGGUGGCGGUUCUGUGAUUGCCCCUCAGUCCUUACGAGGUGUCAAGAACAUCAUAGUCCCGAAGCACCAUGAGGUCGCCAACGCAGUCGGGGCAGCCAUCGCGAGUGUCUCAGGCGAGAUAGACACGAUUGAAAUUUUGGAAGGAAGAGACUUGACAGAGGUCGUCAACGAGAUGAAGAAGCGAGCGAUGGAGCGAGCAGCCGUGAUGGGAGCUACACGUGAAUCAGUCAGGAUCGUUGACGUUAAGGUUCUCCCUGUUCAUUAUGUGACGAACCAGGCCACACGGAUUGUCGUACGGGCAGUGGGCGAGCUCAGUCAGGAUACACUACCACAACUGCCAUCCACGACGAGCGAAAUAUUUGAAGACGAGAAGGAGCAAGAGAACCGCGAAGCCAUCAUCCACAAGCCCGUCGUGCAAGACCAAGUCGAUUACGCCACGUAUCGUCCGAAGAUCGUGGACGAUCUCUGGAUCCUCUCCGAGACAGACCUGUUCUUCAUCAUGGAGGGGUGUGGUAUCCUUGGCACGGGAGGUGGUGGUUCGCCCUACCCAAGCUACCUUGCAUGCCGUCAGAUUCUCCGCGACGGAGGCUCGAUCAGCAUCAUCGACCACACAUCUCUGAACGAUGACGACUUCGUGGUUCGCGGAGGCUUCAUGGGCUCUCCUUCAGUUUGCUCGGAGAAGAUCACAAGCGGCGAGCACCUCCGCGUCGCCGGCCUCGAAUUGGGAAAGUAUUGUGGGAUUACGAAGUUCGCUGCUACCCUAAGCGACGAGAUCGGUGGCGGCAAUGGGAUGCAAUCUCUGCAGACGGCGAGAUAUUACGGUGUUCCUUCCUUGGACGGAGACCUGAUGGGUCGAGCGUAUCCGAUGCUUAAUCAGAUGUUGCCAGCUGUUUAUGACAGACCUAACUCCCUGGUUCCUUGCUCCUUGAACGACGGCGAUGGGAACACGGUUAUCCUUGCAACAGUAAAAAAUGACCGAUUCGUGGAGGCGAUCAUGAGAAUUGUCACCACAGAAUUUGGCUCGUCCGCUGCCCUCUGUCUCUCUCCACUUGCGGUUCGUGAUGCUCGGGACUUCGGUGUGACGCGUAGUCAGAGCCAGGCGUGGUGGCUAGGCCGUGCCAUUUCGAUCUGUCGACAGACUAAUAAUAUGAAAGGCAUCCCAGAUGCUAUUCUGAAACUGCAAAAUGGUGCUUGCUUGUUCGUUGGUAAGAUCAUUGACGUCCGGAGGGAGGUCCGCGCCGGAUUCACCUGGGGCGAGGUUCGCAUUGCAAGACUCAGAGAAGACGAGCUCGAAAACACGGACGGAGGACCUUCCGCCUCUGGGACCAAUGAAGAUCCGAGCACAACAAUGCUCAUUCCGUUCCAGAACGAGAAUCUUUGUGCCUACCUUGACUAUGAAGACGGGUCGAGAAAGAUCGUUGCUAGCGUUCCGGAUCUCAUUACCAUUCUCGACUCGCAGAGUGGGUCGCAUCUCGGUACUCCAGAGUACACAUACGGUCUCCGGGUAACAGUCAUUGUACUCGCUGGGCACCCUCUUUGGAGAACGGAAGCGGGCUUGAAAGUCGGCGGACCGGCUGCAUUUGCAUUUGGGCUUCAACACGAAUACACACCUAUUGGCGACUAUAUAGAGCCUUGCUCCGUAAUUCAUGAAUACCGCGAAUAA